GAAUUGCGUGCCCUCCAAAGUUUUAGCUGCAGAUCGAGCAGCGACACUUUUGCAGAUUUGCCAAACGCCGCCACGUCAACGAUCAGACGAGUGCCCGCAAAAAGACGAUCCUUGGUGAGGUCUCGUGCUGCCCUUCCAGAACUUGGACCGCACUGGCCAUGCCAGUCGAAUCGCUGCGUCCGGCCCACGACCUCGCCCACUCCACCGCCGCGAACAACACCGACGGCGCCUCGUCGUACAGCGCAUCCUUCGCCGACGCCUACGACCACGCCUCACAACAGUCCUCAUCUCACGGCGGCGCUGCAUCGCCCAUUGCCCCCGCAUACAGUCCCAUCACACCCAAGGUGCAGCCGGUGCUUCCGGCGUACAGCGCGCCUGCCUUCGCAAACGCCCAUCAUGGCGCCGAGUUCACAUUUGCUCCGGUGACGGAGCAGCAGCAGCAGCAGCAGCGGAGGACCUCGAGUGGGUCUCCGCAUACACAGCAGCAGCAUGUGCCAGCCAUGGUGCCGGCUCAAGGCCAGACGCUGGCCAAGUCAAUAGAAACACAACCGCCGCCCAAGCCAGCUCGAAUACCGCCGACUGAGUACAUACCGCAACCUGCAAACCUGCCUUUCUCUGCCGAAGACUCUGGCGAUGCGAUCGCCUUGCGCGCCGCCAUUUCCACGCUCCAGAUUCAAAAGAAGAAGGCGCAAGACGAUAUCAAAACACUAGCGACUAUCAAACAGCUUGCUUUAGAAGACCCAGCAACCUUCCACAAGGAAUUAGCCGCUGGGCGUCUACGCGAGCAGAAACCUAGCCUGCGUGACAUUCUUGACAAUAUGGAGGACGACGAUGACGAUGAGGAGGAAGUGGUAUUGGGAGCAAGUCGCGAAGAGGAUCGGGAGGCUUCGCAGAGAACUGUCAGGCUGCCGUCUGAGAUCCCAGAUUCACAGCCUUCUCAAUCCGCUUCGGGUGAUAUUGAUAUGGAUUCCGGGAACCACACCCCUCCAAAGCAGUUUCCUCGAAUACCCGCUCCUCAGAAUGUUGUGCGGAUGCCACAUAUCAACUGGGACAAGUACGGCAUCGUUGGCCAUCCUCUCGAUGACCUACACGAACAACAACGAAAAUGGCCGGGCACGCUAAGCGGACCCGGCGGGGAGAAAGGACGCGAAUAUGCCAUCGCAGCACCUUACAGCCCAUGGGAGGACAAACUGCAUGACCAGCAACCUGGUCAGGCACAUGUGUCACCGCCCGACGCCCUCGAUGGUGGGAUACGCAAAGAUUCCGGUGCUCCUGUGCCGUCUGCUACGGGCACGAUUAGUGAGCAUGUUAUGGAGACGAGGAGCAGGAAUUGAUCACUCUCAAUGAGAUUCUUCCUCCUCACAAACGGCAAUUGGUUAAAUGCCAAAAGUAUGGGAUCAUGCAGUAUGGAAAUGAAAAUGGAAAUGGAUACACGACUCAAUUGAUGAAUUAUGUGGCGACGACUAGAGAUAGCAUAUCUAUGCACUGUGAUUAAGUCGUCGACUCUGCUCACCACCUAGAUUACAUUUCCGUC